CUGCGAGAGAGGCAAGCGGCAAUUGGAAUGGAAGAGGAAUUCCGUGUGCACACAUACGAAUGCACUCGUACACGGCCACAAAUACGCACUCGCGAAGGAGAACGAACGCAAGUGUAGAAGGGCCCGCGCUUUUAGGAAUUGAACAAUCGACUAGUUUCCGCUUGGGCUUUCUGCCGAUACUUUCGAUACUGAUACUUCGGUACCGCGGGCUGGGAUGCCGAUGGCUAUGGCGAUGGCAACAAACAACAGCAACGCCAACAAAAUUUUUUCACUUUAAAUUAGCUCGACACACACACACGCACCGCAUCGGAUCUCACCGCACAUAAAAUAUAUCCGACAACAAAAAGUAACAGACUUCGCCAUGCAGAAAAUGCGAUCAAACUCAAAAAAACUACAUGUGAUUCCAAAAAAAUAUAUAUUUAUAUUAAAUUACUUCUUAGUCAACUAGCCAUAUCUUUGGGUGUUUAUGGGAAACGACAACGCGAGUGAAAUCGUGCAGCAACAAAGAGCGCGUUUUGUAAGUCGCAUAAAAAUAUUUUUGUACAAAAUGUUCUCACAACUUCAAACAUGUUCGAUUGGGUUGGCAGAACCUAAACAGGCACUAGUGUUGCUGUUUUAGCAUUUUUAAAGCUCAACCUAGCUUACAGGGAAAACUUGGAGGUGGGACACAAUUAUGAAGGUUCCCAGGAAUCCUAUGCGAGCAGCACUAGUUCAAUUAGCAACAAUGGACAAGAUGAAACUCAAUUUAAGCGUGAGGCUGAAAAAGCUAUCUGCAUCAUGCCGCCCCGACCGGGAACUACUAUGAUGAACUAUCAGGAGCUAUAUAUUCCACGGAAUCAGCUCACAGAUGUAUAUUACCCUAUUCAGGAGGCGCAACGAUGGCUUACUCUAAUGGACAAGAUGGGCAAGGCCCACCGUUUUCCACUGCCUACGAUUCUGCCGAAAGUGAUCCAGACCCGCUACGUGCCAAAGCGUCAUCUUCCAAAGGACGUUGAAGUGGACCGGAGGCGUCGUCAGUACCAGAAGAUCAACCUAGUAAAAGAGCUGGCCAAGGCGGGACUUACUGACGACGUCCUCCAGCCCACCGAGGAACAAUACAAUGUAAUGUCCGAAUUCGCCUUCCCACACAAAUUUCCCCUGAGCUACUUCGACGACAGCAAUUUUGACAUUAACUCUCCGGCGGCCUGGUUUGAGCUGGGAGCUGUCGGAAAUGCCCACUACCCGCUUCCAGCGAAGGCUUACCUGCCCUAUAACCGAAGUCUGCUAAACUGCCAGUGGGGCAUGGCAGCUGUUACCGCUCACCACGAGGACUCCGACCUUUGGACACUUUUAUCGCUGGAGGACGGAUGCACGUACACGGUACCUAAGCUUCAGUUCAUGUUCAUGGCCGAAGACCCGCACAAGUACAUCAAGCGUCUGCAGGCCGCUGUUCACGAGCGGCACAAGGGAGAGCAACUUAUGCUAAUGGAGCUGAUCGUGGAUUGCGUCCUGCACGAGGAUAUUGAGUCCACCGUGUUCUAUAGCUUUAAGCCCAUAGAAUCGGUCCUGCAGGCGGCUACGGCGUCCGCGCAGUGCAAGAGGCGACUACGCUCCGAGGUGAACUUGGUGUUCGAGCGGCUAAUGGCCCUAUAUGAGUUGGAGCAGUUUAUCCUUAAGAUGCCGAAAGAAUUUCCCCAGUUCCGGAAUAUCAACCUCAAGGAAUUUCUGCCCCGGUCUUUCGCCGUGGACGUCUCCGGGAAGGAGCGUCUAGAACUGCAAGCCCUUGGCAUAACCAUGCAAGAGAAGCGGUAUGACUUUCUAAAGGCUAGUUUGUUUUACUGUGGCGGUGGCAUCGAGGCCAUGGCCGGAGUGGCCAUCGAGUGCCAGUACAUCGAAACACUUUCAAUCUUCAUCUGCAGCUUUAGCAAACCUCUUGCACUAGUGGACUUCCUUCAGGCGCAGGAGGCGCAUAGCGACAACGUUGCUACGUUCCUUAAGGUCUAUUGGCCGCAACAGCUGACAACGGUCAUUACCGUAGUACUCCGAGCCCUGGGAAAGGGCUGGCUGGACAUCUCCCUCAACACUUGGACGGUCUAUCUCAUGUGCAAAAUCUCGCGGUUUAUACUGCAGGUCAAGUUCCGUAUGCAGGAGUCAAUGGAGGUGCUGCUCGAGACGUCUCUGAUAAACUUCUCGCACUUCGUUUGCGACCCUUGCCUGCAAUUCCUUGAAUUGAAGUCCAACUACAAGUGGACCAAUAACUACAUAGACACCGAGUUUCCUUUUCAAAAACCUGUAUUCGCCAUGACCCUCGGCAUCAGCGAUGAUCGCAAAGUAUUUUACUCCACUGACCCGGAUGAGUUUCAGCCGGGGCUGGUCGAGAUCUUUAAGAAGUGCCUGGAGAAAUCGGCUGGCGUAAGGUGCAUAGAUGGUUCUGUCAUGAGUUUUUUGAAGUUCGCCCCUAACCUGUAUAUCCUCACGGUAGAGCUUAUUGAGGACAAGUUCCUGAAGGAAAACGAGCUUCUGAAAAACUGCUACGCCAAGGCGGUGCUGCCCCUCAGGGCAUACGCUCGACACUACGAGAGGUUUAUCGACUUCUAUCUUCUCAAUAUCUCAACCUAUAUGCAGGCAUAUGCUCAAGCCCACAAGCCAUCCUCGGAGGUAAAGCGGGACAUUCUCGAAAACAAGCGAUUGAAGGAGGAGGUUCGCGAAAUCCUGCCUGCCUUUAUUACCAUUGGACCGUUUUACAUAAACGUGGAUACAAUGAAGCAGUUUAUGAUAAAGAAACGCAUUGAAGUCGUGAGGCGCAUUUUCGAGUAUUACGUUGACCGAAUGUAUGAGACGAAUGAGGCUCUGCUGGACCGUUGCCUGGAGAUGUUCCGCAGAAUCGCAGAACGUCCAAUAAGCAUUGAACACCUGUACGAGAUUCGCGACUUUGCACAAACCGUUCCGGAUUUAGUGGAUGAGCUAAAGGCUGAUAUUCAGGUUAUGUGGCUGGAGUACGACCUGCUGGACAGCUUCUUUUACAACCUGAGUGACCACCAGUUCGCCAUGAAGUGGAACGUGUAUGCAUGGCCGCACCAGAUAAUGGUGCGAUUGUCCACCUUGAAAGACGAGCAGAAGGUGGACAUUGAGGAGUUUCUCCGCCUGCACGCCAGCGAGUGCCAGGCGUUUGAGGAGCGUCUGGAGUCCCUCAACGACGAGGUGCAGGCCUACUCACUGGCGUUUAAUACGAAUCGCGCCCAGGAGACGUCAGUAGAUAUUAAAAAGACGUGGGCCCUGAUUAAGGAGCUCGAGAAGAUCAGCCAAACACUGCAAUUCCGGCAGGAACUAUUUGAGCUAGAGCCACUCUCUGUUGAAUUCCUGGAGAGCAUAAUCGCGAGCUUUAAUCCCUAUAAAAACCUGUGGUACGCCUGCGCAAACUUUUUAAAGCUCGAGGACGCUACCUUGGGCAACCCGAUAGCGCAGAUGGACUUGGAGGAUGUGUGGAAUAGUCUGAUGAGGCUUCGCGAUGAACUCACCGAGUCAAUGAAAAUAUUUCACGAAAAAAUCGAGAUUAUGGAGGUGGCCAAAACGUUCAUUGCAAAGAUCGACGAUUUCGUUCCAGUUUACAAUAGCAUUAAGGAUAUUCGAAAUGAGAACUGGAUGUACAUUCACUGGCAAGAACUAGGAGCGGUGACCGGGCAAGAGAUUAAGUACUCAGUAGCGAUGAACUAUCAGUACCUCAUACGUAAGGGAAUCUUGGACUUCCUGCCCGAAGUCCAUAUUAUCUCAGAGAAGGCCAACAACGAGGCGGAGGAAAUUCGGUGCGCCAUCGAGGAGGAAGAGAGGCGGAAGCAGGCCGAAUUGGAUGCUCUGCUGUUGCGCAAACAACUCCGCAAGUGUCGCAGGGAUAUACUGUAGUAUACUGUAGUUGUUGAAAUCGUUUAAAUGCACUACAAGAUAGUUUCUGGAUAGA